GUUACUGGUUAUUUAGAUGACUGCACCUGUGAUGUAGAAACCAUCGAUGCCUUCAACAACUACAAACUUUUCCCUAGACUGAAUGAACUCCUGCAAAGUGACUAUUUUAGAUACUACAAGGUAAACCUCCAGAAACCUUGUCCCUUUUGGGAGGACAACAGUCACUGUGGGAUGAGAGACUGUGCUGUGCAGCCCUGCCCCUCUGAUGAAGUCCCCGAUGGAAUCAGAGCUGGAAGUUACAAGUACUCAGAAGAAGCCAACAGCCUCGCUGAGGAGUGUGAGGAAGCCAAGAGACUCGGAGCUGUGGAUGAUUCUUUGAGCAAGGAAACACGGCAGGCAGUGCUGCAGUGGGCACAGCACGACGACUCCUCGGACAGCUUCUGUGAGGCUGAUGACAUCCACUCUCCUGAUGCUGAGUACGUGGAUCUGCUCCUGAACCCAGAGCGUUACACUGGCUACAAGGGCCCCGAUGCCUGGAAAAUCUGGAACAGCAUUUAUGAGGAAAAUUGCUUCAAGCCUCAGAAUGUAAAAAGACCUUUGGCAUCUGGCAGAGAUUCGUGGUCAGAGAAGAAAUGGGGCCCCAACGUCACGGAGUUCCAGCAGAGGUUUGAUGAAGCCCUCACCAGCGGGGAAGGGCCCAGAAGACUCAAAAAUCUCUAUUUUCUGUACCUGAUCGAGCUGAGGGCCCUCUCCAAAGUGCUGCCCUUCUUUGAGCGCCCUGGCUUCCAGCUGUACACGGGCAAUGAGCGCCAGGAUGCAGAGAUGAAGCACCUGCUGCUGGAAAUUCUCCAUCUGGCCAAACACAGGGCCUGGGCACAGCACUGAAAAUCCUCUUCUCAGAGAACCUCAUCGAGAAGAUUCCUGAGAGUGGCCCUUCCUAUGGGUUCCAGCUGACCAGACAAGAAAUUGUGGCCUUAUUUAACGCCUUUGGAAGGGUUUCAACCAGCGUGAAAGAACUGGAAAACUUCAGGAAUCUCUUACAAAACAUGAGGUGAAUUCAGUGGAGAAAGAGGGAUUUGAGGACAAACACCAUCAUUGCACCACUCUGACUAAACCACUUGCUGGGCCUCCUGUCCCAUCAUUGUCUGUAACCUGCUGAGAAGAUAUUUUAUACAAAGGGGAAAAAAAAGCUAUUUUUUGGUAUAAAAAUGGGGACUAUAUGUAAAUUUUAUUUUAUAUAUUGGAGGAUCAUUUGGAAAUAACUCUUUUUGAAAUAUUGCUGUGCUGUUUGAAGAUGGAUCAGAGCCGUGGCCUUGCCUUUGGAAGCUGGGGCAAGAACUGUGCCAUUGAAUAAAUCUGGGGGAAAUUCCUGGUCUGCUCCAUCAUUCCAAGCACUCACAGUGUGCCCACACCAACUUCUGCUGUGUGCAAAAACAACUUCAAGGGAUUGCAGGAGCUGCUGCUGUCCCAAGGUGAAAUCCUUUUCUUCAGAAUUCCUCUUCUUGUGGGAACAGGGAGUUCCUGGUGCUGCUUCCAGCCCAGCAAGGACAAGGGGGCAGGUUUGGGCAGUGCUGCUGGAAAAAAAACAGCUUCUCCAACCCUGGAUGUGUGUGGAACCCCUCUGCUUUGCAGCCCAGAAUGUGGGGAGAGCACAAGAGGCAGCCUGAGCUUUGUGGAUGAAGCUGGGGAAGGAAUGAAAGAAGCUCCAGGGCUGGAGGUGCUGCUGGGUUUGGGGGGUCCUGGCAAGGACAAAGCAGAGCGCCUGGCCAGAAAUGUCCCCUGGGCCAGUGGUGUGAGCACAUUGCACUCACAGGAUGGACACAGAACCAGGCAGGGCCUCCACAAGGGGCACAGAGAGACCAGCACAGACCCCCAGCAACCCACCCUGGGCAUCCCUGGAGCUGUGCCCAUUCCCUGGGCACUGCCAGCACCCUCUGGGAGCAGAACUUUUCCUGAUUUCCACCCAAACCUGCCCUGGCACAGCUCCAGCUGCUCCCUCAGGGCUGCAACCAGAGAAACACCAGGGGAUAAAAUAAACCCCCAGUGCCACCCCCAGUGCCACCCCCAGAGCAACUGGAUGUGCCAGGUCCUGGCAGGGCCACACCUGGAGCUGGCUGGGUCACCCUGGGAGCCAUCCCAGCACAAAAAAUCUUUUUUUAUUUUAAUUUAUUUCAACAGAGUAGUGCUUGGUUACAGUUUAGUGAAGAACAAAUAGGUACAUUCAUUGGCCACAGCUCCUGGGCCAGCAGCUGCUGCCCACCUGCAAAGCCAGAACACUGUUAAACCAUACCAAAAAAAAAAAAAAAACCCCAAAAAACAACCCC